CUUGAUAAAAAUAUCAAUCUGCACAAAUAAUUAAUUUUAUGCAGUUAAAUCGCUUCAAAACAUAACUAAAUCAGUAUUAUUGUGUAAAAAAUAAAAAUACAGCAAAAUGAUAAGUCGCGGCAAGCGCAUUCGUAUGGAUGAGAUUCCUACGGAAUAUUCAUUAUACAUGAAUGAAGGACAAGAUGAAUUGGAAGGUCCAGGACCUUCAGGACAGCGUAUGACGAGAUUAAGAGCUCGUGGUGGAGUUCCAACAAAACCACCGAUUAUUGAUGAAGAUGACGAGGACUUUUUUAUGACAGCAAAUAAUCGUAAACGUAAACUUCCAAAAUUACCAAAAGAAAAGGUCGAAAAAGAGCCAAAAGCACCAAGAAUUCGUAAGGAACGUGAAGUUGUUGAGAAGGAACCGCUAGAAGAGCGAAUAAUAAGAGAACGAGAAAUUACAACAGACGAAAACAGUCUUUUUUGGGUAUUAAGGUACUCAAAGAAUACAAUAACGACAAUUGUGGACGAAUGGAUUGAGAAUUAUAAAACAGACAGAGAUUCAGCAUUAAUAGCACUAAUGCAGUUCUUCAUAAAUGCUAGUGGAUGUAAAGGAAAGAUUACAACAGAAAUGCAAAUCUCAAUGGAACAUACAUCAAUAAUUCGUAAAAUGACUGAAGAAUUUGAUGAAGAAAGUGGCGAAUAUCCAUUAAUUAUGGCAGGACAGCAAUGGAAAAAGUUCAAAACUCAUUUCUGUGAAUUCAUUCAAACUCUCGUUAAGCAAUGUCAGUAUUCAAUCAUUUAUGAUCAAUUUCUUAUGGAUAAUGUCAUUUCCUUACUUACUGGAUUAUCUGAUUCACAAGUACGAGCAUUCAGGCAUACGGCAACACUUGCUGCUAUGAAAUUAAUGACAGCACUCGUUGAUGUUGCAUUAUUAGUGUCUAUAAAUCAGGAUAAUGCAGCACGUCAAUAUGAAAGUGAACGAUUAAAGAGUGCACAUGAUGUUUCUGAGGAACGUCUUGAAAGUUUGAUGACAAAAAGGCAGGAAUUGGAAGAAAAUAUGGACGAGAUUAAGAACAUGCUUACAUAUCUCUUUAAAUCAGUUUUUGUUCAUCGUUAUCGUGACACUUUACCUGAUAUUCGAGCAAUUUGUAUGAUUGAAAUUGGAAUUUGGAUGCAUAAAUUCUCUGCAAACUUCCUCGAUGAUUCGUACUUGAAAUACAUCGGAUGGACACUUCACGACAAGGUUGGGGAAGUCCGAUUAAGAUGCUUGCAGGCAUUAUUACCACUUUAUGAGAAUGAAGAGUUGAAAGGAAAAUUGGAACUUUUUACAUCAAAGUUUAAGGAUCGUAUUGUGGCUAUGACACUCGAUAAAGAAUAUGAAGUUGCUGUACAUGCAGUCAGACUUGUCAUAAAAAUAUUAAAAAUUCAUCAAGACAUUUUAACUGAUAAAGAUUGUGAAAUUGUAUAUGAAUUGGUUUAUUCCUCACAUCGUGGUGUUGCACAAGCAGCUGCUGAAUUCUUAAAUGUUCGAUUAUUUUUCAUUGAUCCAUCCGUUGAAUCGUUGACUAAACGUGGAAAGAAGAGAUUGCCUAAUACUCCUUUAGUUCGUGAUCUUGUCCAAUUUUUCAUUGAAUCUGAACUUCAUGAACACGGAGCUUAUCUAGUCGAUUCCUUCAUUGAAAGUAAUCCAAUGAUUAAAGAUUGGGAAUGUAUGACAGAUUUGCUGCUCGAAGAACCUGGUCAGAGUGAAGAAGUCAUGGAUAAUAAGCAGGAAUCUACAUUAAUUGAAAUUAUGGUAAGCGCAGUAAAGCAAGUCGCUUUAUCGGAACCGCCUGUUGGACGUGGAAGCAAUCGUCAAAAGACAUCGACAGCAAAAGAAAUCAAGCAAUUACAAGACGACAAACAGAAAUUGACUGAACAUUUUAUUCAAACUCUUCCAUAUUUAUUGGAAAAGUAUAGUGCUGAUAAUGAAAAGCUCAUAAACUUGUUAAGCAUACCUCAAUACUUUGAUCUCGAAAUGUAUACGACAUUGAGACAAGAAGCAUCGCUGAAAUUUCUACUCGAUAAAAUUACUUUAAUUAUGUCGAUUAGUACUGACCGUGAAGUUUUAGAAGCUUGCUCUAAAACACUUGAAUUUUUGUGUACUGAAGGCAGUGCCAUAUAUACACAAUGCGAUGUGGCAAGAUCCAAUAUUAUUGAUGAAAGUGUCAAUCGAUAUAAAGAAGCUAUCGAUGAUUGGCGCAAUCUUAUUGCUGGAGAGGAAAUUCCCGAUGAAGAUGAAAUCCAUCAAGUUUGCAUAAGCUUGAAAAAAGUUUCAAUUCUUUAUUCAUGUCAUAAUUUAAAUCCUUGGAAUCUUUUUAAUUCACUGUUCCAAGACAUUGAAGAAUAUUUGAAUGAUCCUUCACAUGAGAAGAGUAUUCCGUCAGAAGCUGUUAUCUACUGCAUUGAAUCUUGCUUCUUUUCAAUAAGUUGGGGAAUAUCGUCGUUAGAGUCGUCGUUUGAAUCAUCAGCUCUUGCAUUUACAGCAGAUGAAUUGCGGCGCAAUUUGGAUAAAUACAUGACUGCUUGUAAUCAUUUAAUUAGAUCUGCUGAUUUACCCAUUCAAGAAUCUGCAUAUAUAUCAAUUUGUGAUUUAUUAGUUAUCUGCUCGGCAAAUCUCGGAAAGAACUCUAAUCGUUAUGUACAAAUGAUGGAAUAUCGACCGACAGAUGAGCAAAAAGACUUGCUCAUCAAUUUUGUCAAAACGUAUGUGUUUUCGUCACGUUAUGAUGAAAUACAAGACGAGACGAGAAUCGAGGAACUUCAUAAGAAGCGUAGUCAUCUUGCAGCAUACUGUAAACUCGUUGUAUAUAAUAUUCUGCCGACUACAGCUGCAUGUGACAUCUUUAAAUAUUACAUCAAGUUCUACAAUGAUUAUGGUGACAUCAUCAAAACGACGCUUGGAAAGACUAGAGAAAAUUCCAAGACAAACUGUACAAUGACAAUGUGUAUGUCCUUAAAGACUGCAUUUGAGGAUUUACAAAGUUCCUUUGCACCAGACAAAAUAUCGAGAACAAGUCAAGAAUUCAUGGAUCUCAAAGAAUUGGGUAAAAGAUUUGCAUUGACUUUUGGUUUAGAUGCAAUAAAGAACAGAGAAGCAGUCACAGCUUUACAUCGUGCUGGAGUUUUAUUUGCUGCAUUAAAUUCAAAUGCUGAUGACAUUAAUCCACCGCAAAACUUGCUGUUUUUGGAAAUUCUGAAUGAAUUCACAAAUAAGUUGUUGAAGCAGGACAAAAAAGUCGUAUUAAACUUCUUGGAACGAAGAAUUUCGAUGAACAAUGCAGCAUCAAAUGAUGAUUGGCAGCCAUUCAAUAAUUAUCGAAAUGCAUUGCUGCACGGCGAGAAUGAUCAAACGGCUGCAACACCAGUUGUUGUCAAUAAGAAAGUUUAUGGUGGACGAAAGGCAAAGAAGAAUCAGUCAGGCGACAUAGAUGAAGCUGAUUUAGAUAUUUAAGUAUAAGUACGACUUAAGAUUAUUUAAUUAUAGAUCCUUAUACUAUGUGUAGAACAAAUAGAUUUAAAAUUUGAAGAAAUUCAAUGCACAAUACCUUUAAAUAAAGAAGAUUUCCACAAAA